CUUUCUAGUACUCAAUCUAGGCAAGCUACCAACCCAUUUUCCAAAACGAAAAACACCAAGGAAAAAUGACGGAGAAGAACUCGCAAACCACCCCAGAUCCUCCUUCAUACGAUGCAGCUGCCGCUGAACAUGGAGCUCUACCAGCAAGAAACGGUCCUCCCCCAGCUGGAAAAGCCCCCUUUCGUCCCUUUCUCCUCGAUCUACCAGUCCUGAACCAAUUGAGAGGAAAGAGAGUUAUAUUAGCAUCCGCCAGUCCACGAAGAAAACAAAUCUUAGCUCCAGUACUUACCUAUCCCAUCCCUCACUAUCUACAAGUCCAAAACUAACCAAACACUUAACUAGCUGGGCCUGAAUAUGGAGAUUACCCCCUCAACCAAACCAGAAGAUCUCUCCAAGGACCUAGACCCUCUAGAAUACGUCAUGCAAACGGCGAUCAAGAAAUGUCUUGACGUCUACCAAGUGGCACUCGAGAAUUCUAUGAAAUCCAUCCCGGACCCCGCACUCGUCAUCUCGGCGGAUACCAUCAUAGUCACCAACACGGGCCGGAUUCUCGAGAAACCCCGUUCGGAAGCGGAUCAUCUUGCGAUGCUGAAGAUGUUGAGGGAUCAGAAGAAUCAUCGGUGUUAUACCUCUGUUGCGGUCCUGGCACCGAGGGAGGAUGCAAGACACCCAGGCUAUAACAUUGAGACGACGGUUGAGGAGACGAAAGUGGUGUUUGAUGAGAAUGUCAGCGAUGAAUUGAUUGAGGCGUAUGUUAAGACGAGGGAGGGUGUGGAUAAGGCGGGAGGCUAUGGGUUGCAGGGGAUGGGCAGUUUGUUGGUGGAGAAGAUUGAGGGGAGUGCGGAUAAUGUUAUUGGAUUGCCUCUGCGUGCUACGCUGGCGCUGAUUGAGAAGGUUGUUAUGGGGGAUGAUGAGGAGGAAGACGAGGAGGAGGAUUUAAUGUAAAGAUCGGGG